AUGUCGCCAAGUUUACGAACACCGGCAAUCGCCUUACCACCACCACCUCCGAAAAGUGCUCCACCAUUUCCACAGGCAGCUCAGUUCUCGAGCUCGUCAAAUCUCUGCAAUGGUGAAGUGUCCUUAAGCAAUGGAGGCACUCCGACGAUGCUUCGACCAGACGACAGUCUUCUACGGCCGCAUGAUCUCGAACCGAAUGGAAAACGAGUUGAAAUCCAGACGGCUACGUCUGAAUGUCGGCUGCAACAAUCCCUUUCGACACCUUGUCCACAAGAGGACCAGACGUCACGGAAGGAUUCAGAAUAUCGACGGUUCAAGUCCGAAGGUUCAUCAGCCGGUGCAUUGCCAGCAGGACCCGAAAUGGAAGUGGCCAUUGAUGACCUGUCGCCGAUAGCCGACGCUCGAUCAACGCCACCCCAUCGCUUCAAUUUAAUGACGGACUCUGUUCGUGGGUGA